AUGACCGAGACUGAUUCAUACCAGCCUGUCCCCAACCUAAAGCCAGUAGCAACCGCUAGAUCAGUUAGCAACACAAACCGGGAUGAAGAGGACUGGAACCGUCCCAAAUCCAAUAUCUGGAAAGUCAUGGCGUGUUGCUGGAGCUUUUUCGUGAUGGGCGCAAAUGAUUCCGCUUCUGGUCUCCUUUCAUACUACGGACUCUCCUAUAUCGCUGUCUCAGUCAUUUUCCUCUCUCCACUGAUAGGAUACGUUGUGGCAGCAGUUCUGGACACAAAGAUAUAUCACUGCAUGGGACGAAGGGGCGUGGCGAUCAUAUCCCCCGCAUGCCAUCUAAUCGCCUACUUUGUCAACUGCUUUCAUCCGCCGUGUCCGGUGCUCGUGAUUACCCUUGCAUUGGCAGGGAUAGGAAACGGAUUGACAGAUUCCGCUUGGAAUGCUUGGGCCAGCAGCAUGAAGCACGCAAGCCAGGUCCUUGGCUGUCUUCACGCAGCCUUUGGUCUGGGUGCUGUCAUGACACCUCUUGUCUUGACUUCGAUGGUGUCACAAGGCGGUCUGCCAUGGUAUUAUUUCUACUAUGUUAUGAUCGGCUGUGCUGCAGUCGAGCUUCUAACGUCAUCCUCGGUAGAUCCAUCGAAGGCUGAACCCUUGAUUAAGCAGAGUGGGUUACGAGAGACACUAUCCCGGAACCCAUCCGCUCGAGUCACCUGGAUCUGCUCAGCCUUCCUCUUCCUCUACGUUGGCAUCGAGCUCGGUCUCGCCGGCUGGGUCGUUACGUUCAUGAGCGACGUCAAGCACGAAGCCCCGUUCGCGAGUGGUUCAACCGCCGCCUGGUUUUGGCUCGGACUCUCUCUCGGAAGAAUAGCUCUGGCAUUUGUCACGCCUAGGCUCGGCGAACGUCUUGCCGUCAUCCUGUAUAUUCUCUGUGAGAUCGCACUUGGUUUCGUCAUCCACUUCAGUCCCAACGUUGUUGUCGCGGCCGUCGCGACCGCGAUGCAGGGAUUCUUCCUGGGGCCGCUCUUCCCAGCCAUCGUCUAUGCCACGGUGAGGCUUCUUCCCGAGCAUAUGCAUGUGACUGCUGUCGGUGUGGCCACCGGAUUCAGUAGCCUGGGCUCAUCGAUUCUUCCGUUCUUGGUGGGUGUGGUUGCCGAAGCUCAUGGGGUGACACUACUUCAGCCCUUUGUUAUCGUUCUGUCUGCUCUGAUUCUGGCUUUGUGGGUGUGUCUCCCUCGCCUUCCGAAAAUCGACCCGCAUACGUUUUAUCACGGACCAUGA